AUGUAUCCCUCGCCAGCUUCGGCUGAGAAGUCGGACGAGGAUACCCGGAGGCCUAGGAGACGUAUUGCGAGGGCCUGUGACUCGUGCUUCAAAAGAAAGAUCAAAUGCGAUGGUGCGCAGCCUAAAUGUAACUGGUGUAGUCAUCAUGACCUUGCGUGCACCUUCGAAAGGGUGACCGUGAGGAAGCGGAAGAUCACCAAAGACGCAAGGGGAACCGCCAGCCUACGCGAGUCGUCCGAUCUAGCCGAGCGAAUUGAGCGGAUAGAAAAGUUUCUGACCGGAAAGUUGAUGGAAGAACCCCCGGCUGUUGACCAAACACAAGCACACGACGAUUUGCGUCCAACACCUAGUGCUCCAGAACUGCCCGAAAUCCCUCUUACAUCCCACUAUCAGAGUUCGGGCUCGUCGUCGGUGGCGCUUCAUUUUGCAGGCCGUGAGCUUGGAGUGUUUAACCUGUUCACAGGUAUCCCCUUAUUGCUGCCCGAAGGAAGACAAUGGGUUCAAUCGAGAACCGGCCAGAACGUUUCAUUCAGCAGGCUCGUGAGCUCUGCACGAACCCCAUGGGAAAGACAAAGAGCGUUCAACCACGAUGCUAUGAUGAUGCACUCUAAACCGGGGAACACAUUCGAGCUGCCCGAACGGCGAAUUGUCGAGGCUUACUUCAAUAUGUUCUGUUCAUCGCUGAUGAGAGCCAUAUUCCCAGUUUUGGACCCGGUAUUGUACCGGGAGACAAUCAGAGAAGCAUAUGAGCAGUCGCAAGCCCGGCCCUUAUGCGCGAGUGCAAGUAUUCGAGCUUCUAUCUUUGCUUUUGUCGCCUUUGCGAAUCUCAUACCACCUCCUCAUUAUGAGCAAGCACAUCGAGGCUUGGCCCAAGUUGAUGGCGAGGCUUAUAUUGUCAAGGCACAGCAUUUUGUGCCACAGAUCUUGCAAGAGACAAGUUCCUUGGAAGGGUUACAAGUGAUUGCUAUGCUGGCAAUGUACGAGCUCGUGACCGGCAAUCUGCAAUCAGCGAACUAUUACGGUUCACUCGCCGCUCGUAUGAUAUUCGUACUCGGCGGCCACACGGCAUUCUGCUAUUCGCCCGAAUAUCUCGCGUCUCUACCGGAUGAAACGAGCGUGCGCACGCAGCAGCAAAUCCGAAGCAUCUUCUGGCUGUGCUACACGCUCGAGAAGGACGUCUCGCUCCGCACGGGCCAGCCGCAGACCUUCUCCGACGAGAACUGCGACCUGACGCUCCCACCAAACUACGCCGAUACGCUGUUCGCGCACGGAAUGGACAGCCUGGACGGCUGCCACGCGAUGCACAACGCGCAUAGCGACCCGCUGUACCCGGUGGACAUCCGGCUCAGCAUCAUCAAGUCGCGGGCCUACAGCGCGCUGUACUCGUUCCGGGCGCUCAAGAAGACGGACGCGGAGCUGCUGAAGGAGAUCCGCGAGCUGGACGACGACCUCGAGCGCUGGCGGCUCUCCAUCCCGCACCACUGGCGUCCCACCCUCUCCUUCUCGCAGGAGACCCCCGACCCCAACGCCAACAUGCACAAGGUCAUGCUCCGCCUCAACUACCACCUGUGCAUGACCAUCAUCCACCAGGCCAGCAGCCGCUGCCAGUCCUGGACCAAGGACCAGUACAAGAUCAUGGACGGCGUCAACUCCAGCCUCGCCCUCUCCGUCGAGGCCAGCCGCUCCACCCUUUUGUAUCUCCAGGCGUCCGAACACGUUCUGGUAACGGGUAUCUUCUGGACCCUCAUCUUCUACCCCAUGUCCGCCCUCCUCGCCAUCUUCUGCAACAUCCUCCAGAACCCCACCGACCCGCAGGCCACCAAGGACCUGGGCCUACUCAAGACGGCCAUGAGCAUGAUGGAGCGCAUCUUCCUGCGCCAGCCCUCGUCCGUUAACGAGAUCGUGCACAUCAAGAUGGUCGCCGAUUUCGUCACCGAGCUUUAUAGACUGGCUAGCUGCGCGAUUGAGAAAGCAUGGAGCGAGCGCUCUGCUUCGUAGUCCUUUUCCGCCGGAACUUUUUUGUCUUCAAAAGAGAAGGUUGUGGCGUGAGGCGUUGAUUUGCGGGAGUUAUCGAUCGGGUUGAUUAUAUGUUUAAAGCGGGUUCGGAGAGAUAGCCUGAUCUCAGGGUUGAGGAAUAGCUACUAUUGGAAGGGCAAAAGCACACUGAGCAUUCUCGCACAUAAUGAAGUGGACUACGGUCUACAGGCGGAGAGGGUUUGAGAUGAACAGGAUAUUUUCAUUGGAGCUAUCUUCAUAGGCUAGAAGAGGG